AUGGUCACAUGUUCUGUACAAAAGGGUUAUGAAAUGCUCAAGGGGCUCCUACCCAUGUUGACAUGAGUGACCUGAAGGACUAAUAAGACUUAACAAACAAAGCACAGCUCAGGGAGUUUGUAAAACUAUGUCCACGCCCAGACUACAGCCUGACAGUGUAUCGUGGAACAGGAAUGCUGCACAUAUUUAUUCCACCGAGUUAGCAUAUUGCUUGCUAAUUUGGAUCAAAAUUGGAAUGAAAUGCAAAUUCUUCACUUGGUUGCUCCUUUGGUACAAAGAUUUCACAAUGGACAAACUGCUAACCCGUCAGCUUUGUUAUCACAGUUGAUCGUCAACUGUAACUCUUCAAAAUAUAUUUGGCACAUGAUGGCAGCUUGGUCAGGGAUGGAUUCUCUCGUGCCUCGUAAUUCCUCAGAAACUGGAGGCUCGGGCAUUUUGAAGGAAGUAACAUCCAGGCCCAUGAAUAGAAAUUCGAACCAUAUAUGUUUUGAACAUUUGAAAAGAAGAAAUUGGCGAAAAUGUUUUAGAGCAAUUAGCUUGGAUUUCAUGCAGGUGAUCCAGAUCAUUAAAUGGAACAUUGGCAUGCUAGGUACUUGUCAGUAGCGCAGUAGGAAGGAGAGGAAUUGAUGUAGGAAGUCUGCAUUGCUGGCUUUGCUCACUAUUGUUGGAAGCCGUCUAAAAGUUUUCUUCAUUUUUUUUCUUUCCGAAGUACUUGUUUUAGAUUUUCUUGAACUUGCACACUAGCGAUGUCGCCUCUAUAGUUUGACUCUCCUUGUUUAAUGAAUCGGCAGACGGGCAGAAGUUAGCCAAGGACCUGUGAACUGUCAAACGAUGCGAGAAUGCUGUGUUCUUGCAUCUGGGCAGAACAAUUCCUGUCAGAAACUGUUAAUUUUAGGAGUUGUUCCUUGAUAUCACCAGUCAUCACAAAGCUGCUUCCUAUGCAAUGUUGCCUGCUCCGGUGACCUGUUAGCUCGGCCCCCGUGCCUCGCCACCGCCUGCCUCCACUGGAAUUCAGAAGGGUACCCUCGUCAUGCCAUUGCUCAGUGCCUCUGUUUGUUCGUCAUCGUUCGGAGGAAAGACGACCCACGGCGUAGGAGUCCGCCGCCGGCGGGCGAGGCAGCAGCGCGGUGCGACGCCGCGAAGGGCAGCAUGUGUCUCGGCGCUUCGGCUCCGUCAACGGGUGGUGGCAGCAUUGGGGGCGGCACUCCGGCGUGCCCCGAUGUCCUCGCGCCUCCAUAGGCCUACGCUGAAGCAGCUAUCCUCGCUCUCCAGCUUUCCGUCCUCCCAUCCGCCGACGGCGAUGGCCACCGACGCCCCGGUGGGCAAGGAUACCAGAAGAGGGUGGCACAAGCUGGGAGACCGCGAUUCUCGCGACGGCGGCACGGUGGGCGGCGAGGAAGGGAGACCCAAAGAUGGGCCCGUCGAGCCGCCGGACCGGAGCAUAUGCACUCCAUCCGCUCGUUAUUUUCGAGCUCACCAUGGAGCACGGCCCGCUCACUAUCUCCGGCAUCUCGUAGUACCACGUCAAGAUCAACUGAAAGUUGUAAGGAGGCUGCUGCACAGACGACAAUAUUUGCAUGAUUAUGUUUCAAGGUGGAAUUGCUGGUGACUCUGAAGCUGCUUGCAGUGUUCCUUUUGCCUGUAGCCUCUUCUUUGUUUUGCUGGAUUUGUAACAUGGUAACUGAUUAGUUGCCCAGUUUUUAGCUGAUGAAAAUUCCUGUGAGGUCGAGCAAGGCAUCACCUGAGUCUUGUAACAAUUGUGCUCCUGUAGGCACGGCCCCUGACCCCUCAACUGUGAUGUACAAAUAAUUGUAUAUGUCCUUGGUUUCUAUGGUAACCCCG